CCCCGCCCGCUGCCCGGGCCUCGGUCUCCGGGUCGGCGCGCGGCCCUCUGGGUCGGGUACGCGGUGGAAGAUGGCGGAGUCCGGCGGCGCCAGUGGCUCCGGCCAGAGCCCUGAGCGCCCGAGCAGCCUGGCUGACAGGAGUGGGGCCCUCAAGUGCACCUUCUCUGCAGCUGGCCACAGCACCGGCCUGCUUCAGGGCCUGGCCGCCCUCCGUGCACAGGGCCAACUGCUCGAUGUGGUCCUCACUGUCAACAGCGAAGCCUUCCAUGCACACAAGGUGGUCCUGGCAGCCUGCAGUGACUACUUUAGCCCUGGUGCAUGAUGGGGCCAUGUUCACUGGUGGCAUGCGCGAGGCCAGCCAGGCGAUCAUCCAGCUGCACGGUGUGUCUGCACGAGGCCUGCGCCACAUCAUUGACUUCGCCUACAGUGCGGAGGUGACAUUGGACCUGGACUGUGUGCAGGAUGUGCUGGGCGCCGCUGUGUUCCUGCAGAUGCUGCCAGUGGUGGAGCUGUGCGAGGACUUUCUGAAAGCCGCCAUGAGUGUGGAGACAUGCCUGCACAUUGGACAGAUGGCUACCACCUUCAGCCUGGCAUCGCUACGAGAGUCAGUGGAUGCCUUCACGUUCCGCCACUUCCUGCAGAUUGCCGCUGAGGAGGACUUCCUGCGCCUGCCACUUGAGCGCCUUGUCUUUUUCCUGCAAAGCAACCGGCUGCAGAGCUGCACCGAGAUCGACCUGUUCCGCGCUGCUGUGCGCUGGCUGCAGCAUGAUCCCGCCCGCCGUGCCCGUGCCAGCCUCGUGCUGCGCCAUGUGCGCUUCCCGCUCAUGCAGCCGGCUGAGCUGGUGGACAGCGUGCAGACGCUCGAUGUCAUGCUGGACGAUGCCCUGUGUCGCCAAUAUCUGCUGGAGGCCUUCAGCUACCACGUGUUGCCUUGUCGCCAGCAUGACAUGCAGUCGCCGAGAACGGCUGUACGCUCAGAUGUAACAUCCCUAGUGGCCUUCGGAGGCACACCCUAUACCGACAGUGACCGAGCAGUCAGCAGCAAGGUAUUUCAGCUGCCUGAGCCUGGGGCCCGCCACUUCCGCGAGCUCACGGAGAUGGAGCUAGGCUGCAGCCACGCAGGCGUGGCUGUACUUGAUAACUUCGUGUACGUGGCAGGUGGCCAGCACCUGCAGCACCGCAGUGGCGAGGGCGCCGUGGACGCCUGCUACCGCUACGACCCGCAGCGCAAUCGCUGGCUGCGGCUGAGGGCGCUGCGUGAGAGCCGCGUGCAGUUCCAGCUCACAGCACUGGGUGGACUGUUGUAUGCCACUGGUGGCCGCAAUCGCGCAGGCAGCCUGGCUUCUGUGGAGCGCUACUGCCCCCGCCGUGACAGCUGGGACUUUGCUUGCCCGCUCAAGCGUCGCACUUGGGGCCAUGCGGGUGCUGCAGCUGCUGGUCGCCUCUACAUCUCAGGCGGCUAUGGUGUCUCUGCUGAGGACAAGAAGGCGGUACAGUGCUAUGAUCCAGCGGCUGAUCGUUGGGAGCCCAGGGCACCUAUGCAUGAGCCUCGCGUGCUGCACGCUAUGCUGGGUGCUGCAGGCCGCAUCUAUGCCCUAGGUGGCCGCAUGGACCAUGUGGACCACUGCUUCGAUGUGCUUGCGGUGGAGUACUACGUGCCCGAUACUGACCAGUGGACCAGUGUGGCCCCUAUGCGCACCGGCCAGUCGGAGGCAGGCUGCUGCCUACUGGAAAGGAAGAUCUACAUUGUGGGUGGCUACAAUUGGAGGCUGAACAACGUCACAGGCAUUGUGCAGGUGUACAACACUGAGACAGACGAGUGGGAGAGAGACCUACACUUCCCCGAGUCCUUCGCAGGCAUUGCCUGUGCCGCUGUCCUGCUGCCCCGCGCUGGCCACGGGAGGUAGCUCUGAUUCUAGCCUGCCUGUGUUCCCCAUGAGUGUCGAAUCCCCAGCCCUCGGGGCCCCUACUUUUCAGCCCUGAGACAGCAGAGAGAUCUGGUUCCAGAGCUAUGGGCAACACGUAGCCACUGCCCAGGGUGCAUCUCUGUGCUGUCCUGUGUGACUCAGCCUCGAUUUCCCUCAGUCCUGGCCACACACUCAAAAAUAAAAUUGUGGGCACAAAAUACCCAAGUCCCGAUGGGAACUGCCCCUCCCUGUGUCCUGGCCGGUUAAAAUCCUGGCUGUCCAGUGGGUAUAGGCACUGCCACCAAGCCCGAUAACCAGAGCUCUGUCUUGGGACCCACAAGGCAGAAAGAGACUGACUUCUUAAAAUUUCCCACUGAUCUCCACGUGGGCACAGGGCACACAUAUGUACACAAUCAAAGGAGUGUGAUUUAAGACGCUGUGGAUAAGCUCUCCUGGUGCCUGGGCAGCACUCCGGACACUGGAGCCAAAGGGUGCCCCAGAGGCACCGUGACAGGUGGCAGAUACAGAGACACAUAUCUUCACCCCAAUCCCCUGACUCUCGUGACACGCACACUCCAGCAUCCCCAAGAGGUCCCCUGGUCAUUCGGGAUGGCAGCAUUCUUUGCCUGUGCUGUCCACCUUUUUAAGAAGACCAGUCAAGCGAGUGCAGUGGCCGGCUCCAGGACUCGAGAUGGAUGGGAGGGUUAUUGCAGGGGCUAUGCUGUCCAGGGCCACAGAGAGACCUUGUCUCAGAACAACAAAACCCACAGAAACCACAACAGGAAACACAAAAGCCAACUUUCAGGUGGGGUGGCCCCUUUCUGGUGGGGCAGCCCCAGUCUGUCAGGUGGGGCGGCCUCUGUCUGUCAGGUGGGGUGGCCUCUGUUUGUCGGGUGGGGUGGCCCCUGUCAGUCAGGUGGGGUGGCCUCUGUCUGUCAGGUGGGGUGGCCUCUGUCAGGUGGGGUGGCCUCUGUCAGGUGGGGUGGCCUCUGUCUGUCAGGUGGGGUGGCCCCUGUCUGUCAGGUGGGGUGGCCUCUGUCUGUCAGGUGGGGUGGCCUGUCUGUCAGGUGGGGUGGCCUGUCUGUCAGGUGGGGUGGCCCCUGUCAGGUGGGGUGGCCUGUCUGUCAGGUGGGGUGGCCUGUCUGUCAGGUGGGGUGGCCUCAUCUGACUACAAGCACAGCUGAGGCUGUGGAGAAUGAAUGUGCCAUCUCCCAUGCUGGGUACAGAUGUUGUGUGCUUUGUCUCUUGUUUAAGAAAGGCAGUCCAGGGCUGGAGAGAUGGCUCAGAGGUUAAGAGCACUGGCUGCUCUUCCAGAGGUCCUGAGUUCAAUUCCCAGCAACCACAUGGUGGCUCACAACCAUCUGUACUGAGAUCUGGUGCCCU